GCAAAUUUGCCUGCGAUACAAAUAUGUACUGAGCAUAAAAAGUUUAGAUUAGAAUUAAUUCGUGAUUUAAUUAAAGAUGCAACAAGUAAUCCUUUAAAACGUACCACACGGCAUGAAGAUCAAAAUUCUGUUAAAGAAAAAGCAAAAAGUACAAAAAAAUAUAAGGUUUCAGGCAAUUUCCAGUUACCAUUAAAUAGAUUUGUUGGUGAACAUUUUCCUGAAUAUAAAGAAAAAAGAGAUUCAUGUUUAUGGU